AUGGAAUUCCAUCACGAUUUCGAGAAGACACAAGAGCAAAAGGCUACUGUGUGGUUGAAGCUGUUCACCAGUCGCUCGCCUGAGAUUCUGUCGAUGCGACUGGCCGCAAAACAUCGACCCGGUAAGAUUCAAGCCGCGUGUUUAUGGAGAGGCGGUGCCUUCAACAUCUGUUAUCGUGUGAGGUAUGAAGAUGGCCAGCAUGUCAUCAUUCGUUUUGCCGCUCUCGAACGAACCAUCUUACGAAGGGAAAAGGUCCAGAAUGAGGUCGCAGUGAUGAAGUACCUACACGCAAACACCUCAAUCCCUGUUCCGGAAGUCCUUGGCUCUGGUAUCUGCUGGGCCGGCCCCUAUAUAGUGAUACCGUUGGUCGUAGGUGAGCUUCUGUCUGAUCUUCUUAAAGAUCAUUCAGUGGACGGAAGACCAGUUUUGGAUCCCAACAUAAGCGACCGAAGCUUGAAACGAGCGUAUCACGAGAUGGAGAAAAUCUCGCUCGAAUCAUCGAGAUUGAAGUUAGAUGCCAUCGGAGCACUUAAGGAGGAAGAGGGCACGUCCGUGGCCUCAAAGCGACCGCUUACCUUCAACAUGAAUGAACUGAUGGUGUCGGCUACAGAUUAUUUCCAGAUGCUGGCGCAGCAACAGUUCUUCCACUUGCAGCUACAACAAAACAAUGCCAUCAACAACGAAGACGACUGCCGGAAGAAGUUCACCGCGCGAUACUUAUUCCUUAAUCUCGUGAAGAAGACGGGCGUGAUUGUCGAUCACGAGUUUACGUACACUGCGCCGGCCGCGUUUUUCCAUGUAACACCCUGGUGGCUGUUGUUGCAAAGCCCUGAGAAUUGGGAAGAUGACUUGGGUGAGUUCUGGUGUCGCUAUAUGCCUAGGUUCCAUGUCUUUUUGCAGGCCAUGAUCGACUGCCAAAACGAAUUGAUUGGCCGGAAUCCUCUCUCGAGUCACAGCAACUCUCGGUAUGGACCGUUUGCGUCUUUGGGUGAUCGCAUCGCUCUGUUGGAUCCAGAUCAACAGCGAGAGCCGGAAGAGAUGGUGCAGAUGAAGACUCGCGAGCUUACGGAGGCUCAAGGCUUUGUUGAUAAUUAUCUUAUUGACGAGCAACUCGAGUAA